CCUGAUAUAAGUCACUGUUUUAAGUUAAUGUCAGCUGCCCCGUUUUCAUCACGCUUGGCUUUAUAAAGCGAAUAUUGCUUAUUCUCAGAUAAAAGCAAUAGUCAAUCCAAUGUGUUGACACUGGUGUUAGGAAAUAAUAGUGGAAUGAGGGAAAUUGUGAGGGAACUGCUGGUGGAUUUGGAUCAGGUAUUAAAAUAGCUGCUCAGCUUUGAAGCUCAUGGAUGGCAGGCAAAUGUCUCAGUCUAACUUACUUGUAAGGCAGUAAAAUGGGUCAGUUCCAUGUAUGCCAUUCUGAGAACCUGUUGGGAACAGAAACAGAAAUUUUAUUGAAUCAGUGGGAAACCAGGGCAAUUCAAAACUGUCAGCCAUGCAUCAUAGCUCAUGUGGGUCAUUGCAUUGUUUCCUGUCAGAAUACUGAAAUUUGAUUGUAUAAAUCCAAGCCAAGGAUGUAACAGAUGUACUUGAUGUAACAGAAUUGUGUAUACUGACAUUUUUUUUAUUUAAUAGCCUUUAAAAAAAGAAGUUUGCUGUAAUGAAAUGUAAAAAGUAACUAUCUAAAAUGUAAAGCACCAACUUUUAUGCAAUCUGCUUUUUUCCAAUGGAAAAAAUGUUUUAUAGUACAGUCUAGUAUCCUCCAGUUAUUUAUUUCUAUUCCACUCAAUAGCCAAAAGAUCUCUGUUACUUGGAGAAAUGGAGAAUACAUUUUCAAGCAUAGAAUCUGAGUACAUCAAGAACCUCCAACAGCAAGUAUACUUCCUUGAGCUGGAAGCCAAUUUUCUUCGUGAACAGGCUAAAAAAGCCACUAAUCUUCAACCUCUCAUUGCAUCUGAAAUGGAACAUAUGCUGCAAAAGUUACAGGAAUUGCAGUCUCAGUCUGAUGGCCUUCAGCUGGAGCUCAAGAGAAAGAAAAGUGGUUUGAACCUGCUGAAGAUAGAGAGCCAGCGACUUGGUAAUGAGAUCAAUGUGGCUAAAGAGCUUCAUUUAAAAGAGAAGCAAGUUUUGGUAGAAGAAAUCCUUGAACUGAAGCGAAAAAAAGAACAGGAAGAAAGGCAAAUCUCUGCAAAAGAAGAGGAGAUAUUGCUUGCCAAGCAAGAACUGAAACAGCAGCAAAUGAACCUGAGUAACAGAGAACAGACUACCCUUGCAUUACAAACAAAGGUGAAGCAACAGUUGGAACAGCAGAAGGCAAUGGAGUUGCAGCUUUCUGGAAAAAGAGAGGAACUACUGAAAUUGCAGUCGACUGUGCAUGAAAUGGAACAUAAAAUCUUUAAGAAAACAGCAUCGAUACAAGAGCAAAUUACCCAUGAACUAAGAAAUGAGAUGUCUUUCCUUCAUCAGCAAAUGCACGAGAAAGAGCUACUAGCAGAACAGGAUCGUUUUUUAAGAUGUAAAAUAAUGGAUGAUUAUGCAGCUUUGAGCAAGGAGAAUGCUAUGCUGCAAUCCAGGCUCUUGGAACUUACCAAGCAAACACACAUCGAAAGAGCACUCAAGGAGGAGAGCUACACAUCCUAUUCUGCUAGCAUUUCUCACUUUCGAAAGGUGAAAGAUCAUGGAGAGCAUCUGCAACAAGAGAUAAAGAGGCAUCAAGCACUUCUGGAGCAGGAAAAGAAAACUUUUCAAGAAACUGUUGAAAAGAUCAAAAUUGUGAAAGAAGGAACCACAUCUCUUGACUUGCAUGUUGCAACACUGUGCAGUCGACUAGCUGAAAUCAGAGCUAAGUUAGACAAAGAGGAGCAUGACAACCUUGAGUUACAAAGAGAGGAAUCUCUGCUGAUUGAUCUUGCAUCUAAUCUACAGAAGCAGGUACUCUGUUAUGCAUCCCAUAUAUUUAUGUUAGGCAGCUGCAGGUAUUAUAUAUGUAUUAUUUAUUUAAAAUAUUUCUUGGCAGCCCUUCAGGGCAGAAGCCCUCCCAAGGCAGCAUACAAUGAUAAAACACAAUGAAAACUGAUAGGGUCUUAAAAAGCAAAGUACUGUAGUAUGUUUUCAGGGCCUUCUUAAAAGCUUACAAAGGUGGGAUCUGGAAGACCCCCAAUGGCAGGUCGUACCACUGGUGUGAGGUGUGGGGCCACUGUGCAAAAAGUCCUCACAACCUAAUUGCUCUCACAGGUGCAAUGUGGGGGCCUUCCUUGCUAAUCUUAAAGUGUGACCUCGUUGAUAGGAAGUCCUUCAUGUAACAUGGUAUCAAACCAAGGUUAAAACCAAUGCUUUAAUUGGGCUCACCCACCACUUUUCUUCCUUUAAAAGUAAUUCCCCUCCCACACACAGGACUUGAGAGGUAUGGGGGAGAGACUCCAUUUGUCUCUUCGAUUGGGUCCCUGUGCAUUUACAUAAAAGAACAUUACAUCACUUGUAGUCUAUCCAUAGGUCCUGUUGAAUUCGGUGGACUUACUCCCAAGUAAGCAUACUUAGGUUUUCUGACUUACUCUGAAAAAUGAACUGCCAACCCAAUGUGGUUUUGCUUGUAGGGUCAAACUACAUGUUAAAAUGCUGUUUAAAGUGGUAUUAAGAUAUGUCACUUCUCUUACUUUCAACAUAAAACAGCCACAAGAUACCAACACUGGGUUAGUAUAAUAGUGUGAGAGAAAGUGGGGUGGGGAUAACCUAAGCCUCUUGACCUGCAUUGUUGUCCUGCUAAAAAUCAAUUCUUCAUGCUGCAUUUCCCCUCAGAAAUUGUUAUGUGCAGAAAGCAACUUUGGGCAUAUUGUUUUAGGACAAUAAUCUUCAUGAAAACAAAAUAGGGAAAAGGUUAAAUUUUUUCCUAAGCAGGGUUUCUAGUUCAGGUCCAGAUCAUAGCUGCUUGUUUGUUAAGAAAGAGAAGAGACUUCUUUAAAAAAUAGUUUUCUUAAUGUAAUGUGCAGCUUGACUCUUAGGAAACAUCAUCUUAGCUUUGACAAUUUUUUUCAUUAGCUUACUGGGAAAGAGAGCAAUCUUCUACAGGUAUCCAGUAAGAUGUUGCAGCUGGAUGAAGCCAUUUCAGCGUUAAAAAUGAGACAUACAUUGCGUCAGUCUCUUCAAUCAGAAAAAAUGGGAUGAAAUUUCCAAAAUGG